GCGGGAGGAGGGACCCGGGCAGGGGAGGGGACGCGCCCCGGCGGGGGCGGGAGGGUCCGCCCCGGCAGCCGCGGCCCGACGGCCGCCCGCGCCCGGCCGCGCCGAGCAUGGGAGCCGGGCCGCCCCCCGCCCCGCUGCCCCCCGCCGCGGGGCCGCCCCGCUGAGCAACCGCGCGGGAAGGGGCGGCCCCGCCGCCGCCCGCCCGCCCCGGGGAAGGAGCCGGCGCCGCCCGGCCGGUCUCCAUCACCGGCGCUUCCCGGGCGGCGGCGGCCCCGCGCUGCCGCUGCGCCCCGCGGUGCCCGGGCCGGGCCCGGCGGCGGGCAGGGCGAGGAUGUCGGGCAGCACGGCCAGGAAGGUGCAGCCCUUCACCAUCGGCACCAAGCUCUCGCUGCCCAAGUGUGCCGCCGACUUCCCCGCGGACGCCUGUCCCGGCAUCGCCCUCGCCUCCGCGCUGGACACCCACCGCGGCCUCCGCCGCAGCCUCAACGAGCGCAUCUCCCUCUACCUGGCGCAAGCCCGGGCCGCCCCCGCCGCCCCCGAGGGCCGGCCCCGCAGCCCCAGCCCCGGCGAGGACGGGGGGACCGACGAGGAGCGGCUGAGCCGCGCCUCCCUCGCCCGCUCCAUUAAGAAGAUCACGCUGUCCAACUGGCACGGGGAGGGGGGCGCGGGGGACCCUGCCCGGACCGGCGGCGAGAGGAACCACAACAACAACAACAGCAGGCCAGGGAAAGCCCAGUUCAAGGUCUUCCUCAAGAAGGAUGUGGAUGCUGAGGAUGAGGAGCAGGAGGCUGGGAGCCUCCAGGCCGGUGGUUUCUGCUCUCUGGUGGACAGAGGUUCCCCCUUCUAUGCGCUGGCAGGACCCCCGGUGUUGUUACCCUGGAAAGAGAGCCCCAAGGGCAAAGAGCCUGCUGCGGCACCAAGGUGCGAUGGGCGAAACGGCACAGGAGCAGCCCCGCUCCUCGACCCAAGCCCUCUGGUAGCCCAGUUCAACCGGGAGAUGCUGCAGGCGGAGGGCUGGGUGCGAGGCAAGCUGUGGGACCUGAAGGACGGCUGCAAUCUUCAGGACUGGGAGGAGGUGUCUCAGACCCUGCAGCGGGACAUGAAGGAUUUCGAGAACACGAUGAUAAAGCUCAACCAGAUGGGUGAGCAGCUGAUGUGGCGGGCAAGCCCUAAUGCUGAGGCGGUGCAGAGGCAGCUGCUGGCGCUGCGGGACCAGUGGCAGCUCCUGAAGCAGACAGCCACCAGCCAGAGCAAAGCGCUGGGGGGGCUGCGGAGCUUGCAGGAUUUCAACAGGAAAGCCGAGCAGCUGGAGACAUGGAUCAGGCACAAGGAGGAGAAGCCCUCCCUGGCAGCCCUCCUGCAAGAAAGCCUGGACAAGAUCCAGCUCACCCGCCGCAUCCUUGACUUGAAGCAGGAGGAGCAGCAGUUCCAUAAUCUGCACAAGGAGCUGAACAGCCUGGCCCAGAAGCUGGAGAAACAAGGCAAAAGUGAGAGCAGGAGCAUCUCAGCCCGGCGCAAGCACCUCAACAAAAUGUGGCUGCGGCUGCAGGGGACCCUGAAGGAGCACCAUGAGGCUCUGCAGCUGGCCCUGGAGGUGGCCGCCUUCCUCCAGCAAGCAGAUACCCUGCUUGGGGCCAUCCAUGCCAAGCAGAAGAGCAUCUGCAGUGUAGGGAAGCCAGGGGAGGCUGAGCCAUGCCGGGAUCGGGAUGUCAGGGACAUAGCCAGCCAGGUGAUGAUGCUGGAUGUGACCGUGUCCCAGCUCCUCAGCCUGCAGCCCAGCCUGGCAGCCCAAGUCACCCCCAAGCAUCGAGAUGUCAAGGAGAGCUGGGCGCAGCUCCAGCAGACACUGAGGACAGAGAAGGCUCCAGCACUGACAAGCAAUUCCCUGGGGGGCGAAGCCGUGGCUACGAGCGCUGAGCCCCAAGGAGAUGGUAGCGGCCGUGGGGCUGUGGGGAAGGAAGCAGGAGACAAACGGACCAGAGGCCCCUGGAGCACAGUGCUGAAGGAUGUGCCGGGGAAGAUGGCAGAGCACAAGAGAGGGGAGGAGAGCAGCCCUGGCUCCCCAGUGGUUGGGCAGCCCCCUCAUGGAGGGGACAGCAAAAGGAGGAGAGAGGCAGAGGCUGAGUGGGGGACACGGCAGCCAGCGGCUCAGGUGCAGGACGUCUGCCAGACCGUGUCCCCACACAAGGAGAGCAUGGUUCCUGGAGUCCCUCCAUGUCUGCUGGGGGAUAUGGAGAGCUCAGAGGCAGCAUGGACGCAGCAGGAGCCCAUGAACCCCAGCUCCAGCACCAGGGCUGUGCUCCUGGAGGGGCCAGUGCCGGGGAGGCCCCCAGGCAGCCCGCAGGUGGAUGCCAUGCUGCGGGAGCUGGGGGAGCUCUGGGAGGACCUGCAGAGGAAGCACCAGGAGAAUGGCAUCGUGCUGCACGAGAUCGAUAAGGCACUGAGGCUGGUGGGGGAGCUGGACCAGGCUGAGCGAUGGCUGCAAGCUGUGGCUGGGUCGCUGUCGGAGCCAGCCACUAUGAGAAGCCCAGUGGAGCUGCGCAAGGACCUGGAGGAGAUGGACCAGCUGGAGAGCCAGCUUCUGCUGUGUGGCCUCAAGCUGCAGGCACUGCGGGAGGAGGUGAUGGGCAAGUCACCCACUGAGCAAGAGGGGGCGAGGAAGAUGCAGAGGAAGGUGGAGAUGGUGGAGGAGAAGUUGGCCUGUGUGCAGGCAGCCCUGCGGCGCCGAGCAGCAGACCUGCGUGACUCCCUGGUGCUGUCUGAGUUCCUGCAGGACCUGCAAGAGGAGGAGGCACGGAGCCAGCAGGGACCUGCAGCGCCAGGAAGCAGGCCGUGCGGCUCGCAGGGGUCUUUUCCCCUGCUUUCAGCCCAGGCCAGGCAGCCACCGAGCAGUGAGGACAUGAGCCACCCCUUGGGAGAGCUGCAGGAGGCUGUGGAGAUGCUGAACGAUGCAGCGAAGGAGCGGGAGCGCGUCAUGGAGGUGGCAGCGGAGAUGGAAAGCCUGGAGCAUUUGGUGGCGGAGGUUUCCCCGCGCCUGGAGGCCCUUCGAUGCAGAGCUGAGGCCCUGGCUCAGGACACUGCCCAAGCAGAGAACAGCUUCACCGCAGUGAAAAGCGAGAAGGACCUCCAGGGGCUGCAGGGCUUGCUGAGCCAGCAGCAGGAGAUCGAGUGUGCAGUGUCAGAGACUCUGCAGGGGCAGCUGGAGGAGCUGGAGAGGGCAGCUGCCCACUUGCAAGAGCUCUGCCCUGCUCGGCUGUGCCCUGUCAGCCAGGAGGUGCAGGAGACGCUGUGGGCCUGGGCAGGGCUGCAGGAGCUGCUGCGGGAGACUCGGGCCCGUGUGCAGCAGGCUGGCCGGCUGCGGCACUUCUUCAAGGAUUACUUAGCCAUGAUCUCCUGGACAGAGGACACGCGUGCUCAGAUCUUCUCUGAAAGCCCAAGCAGUCAUGGUCUCCAGGAGACUCCAUGUGAGGAGCUGGAGGGGAGGAUCGAAGGGAAGCUCAAGGAGUUUGAGGCACUGGCGGCGUUGGGGCAGCAGCUGGUGUCUGAGGAUCACUACCUGAGUGCAACAAUAAAGGAGCGCUUGGAGGAGCUGCGGAGCAUGCUGGGCUGGGUGCUGGUGCGCUGGCGAGCACAGAAGCACCAGCGGGACCCAGGGAGCAAGCAGGAGGACAGAAGGCAGCCAGAGAGCCCCUCGGGCACAUCCCUCACCAGCCAAGAGCAGUGUGCCCCCUGUGCUUGGCCCCAGCUGGAGAGCAUCCACAGCCCAGUGGAGCUCACACCCUGCUCCCUCCUUGAGCCGGUGCAAAGACCAGAGCCACCAGACGGAACAGCCACCUCCCCACCAGCAUUGCUCCUCUCAGAUGCCCCAUCAGGAGUGGAGCGGAGCUGGGGGGAGGCCAGCAGCUCAACACCCCACGGUGUGGGACCCCCCAAGGAGGCUGUCAUCUGGGAUCCUGCCGAGACCUCCACGCUGCUGCUGCCGCCGCGGGGCCCCAGUGGGCUGGGGGGGACGGUCAACCUCAUCCUCAGCAUCGGCAAGAAAGGCGAGAAGAAGAAGGCACAGCUGGUGGCUGGCAGCGAGUUGCUGGGGGAGGAGGCACUGAGGAUGGUGCAGGCGGAGCCUGGGAAAGCCCCUGGCACGAAGCAGCAGCCCACUGUCACCCACCACCCUCCAGCAUCCAGCAGCGGGACACUGGCCACCUCCCACACCCUGCCCAGGGCUGGGGCCAGCUCCAUCUUCAACAGCCUGCAGCGGCGGGAGCAGGCGAGGGCCGAGCAGGCCCGGCUGCUGACGCUGCAGGGCAUCAUGGGCGCCAGCUCCCUGCAGCCUGCGCCCGAGGAGCGCCAGGGCCCCAGCAACACAUGGCCUCAGAAGUGUGGCCGGAGGAAGGGGGGGCCAGGGGCGGCUGCUGCUGGACCCCCGCUCGGAGAGCUGCUGCUCUACGUCAGGAACCCGCUGGUGCGGGACAUCGACGCUGAGUGUGGGGAAGCCCCCCAGGACCCCCACCUCCUCAAACCAAAAGCCAUAUGCCCCCAGCUUUCCCUGGGCUCAGUGCUCAGCCUGGAGCUUCCCAGGGAUGUGGUGGUUCAGGGGUGCCACCAAGGGCCCGCGGUGCAGUGGGAGGAGGCAGAGGGGCAGGAGCAGAGGCAGGGUGGGGGGCUGAGGCCAUGGGAGCCCACAGGCACACAUAGGGCUGGGUGGCGGGAGGAGGUGGCUGUGGAUAGGCAUAGUACGCCGGGGCCCGGCGAGGGGCUGGGGACAUCCCUCAAGAACGAGCGAGGGACGUGGUUUGAGGAGGUGAGCUUCAACCCCAGCUACAGCCAGCAAAGGGCACACAGUGCUGGGAAGGCGCACGGGAGCCCACAGCGCCCUGGCAGCGCCAGCAAAGACCUCCAGGACUUCAGGCUGAGCCAGCCGUCCCGCGUUGGUGUGCUGCACGAGUGGGUCGGCAGGGAGGGCAAUGUGCUGGCUGCCCGGCUGGGCCAGGACGGCAGCCCUGGCACCACCAGCAGGGCCAGGCAUCGCGGAGCCCCUCGGCUGGAGCUUGGACCGUCCUCUGCCAGCAUCCCAGGCAGGGCAGGAGCCAUCCCUGGCACCGCCUGCGCAGAGCGGCCAGCUGGCAGCAGCCAGCCCAGAGGGUCCCCAGCUUCCCCCGCCGCCCCCACCCAGCUCUCUGUCUUUGAGUGGGCGCUGGGGGCCCCCCAGCCCCCCGGCCCUGUGUUGGGCACUGGGGAGGUUUGCCACCCUGCCCACAGGCAGUUUGAGGAAGAGGAGGAGGAGUUGCAGGCCAUCUGGGAUGAGGCAGGCGAGCAGCAGGCACCCAGCCCACCAGCAGGCAGCUGUGCCCACCGCCGGCCAGAGAGCGGGGCAGGCGGCUUGCCCAGCCCUGAUGCCGCUGCCGGUGGGCCCCUCAUCCUCUCAUCAGCCAACAACGUGCUAGUGGCCAAGUUCACCCUUCCCACUGCUGCCCAGCUCCUCCACAGCCCAUCAGGAGAGCAAAGCCCUGGUGGAGGGCACAGCGGCGGUGGCAGCCCCAGCAGGCACAGGGUGUCCCCCCGUGUGGAGGAUCUGGUGUCUGCAGCCCCCUUGGAUGGCCCUGCCGCCGGGGAUCGGCGGAGGCAUGGGGAAGAGGAGAGAGAGGGCAGCAAGGCCCCUCCUGGGAAAACGGAGUUUCAGAUGAUGGAGGGGACGCUGGAAAGGAAGCACGUGUUGCAAACAGGAGGCAGGAAGGCCAACUGCCGGGCCUGGGGCCUCUUCCACGCCGUGCUGAUGAGGCAGACACUGUGCUUCUACCAGGACCGCAGGGACAGCCUCAAGAGCUCUGUGGUGGCCCUUCCCCUGAACCUCUCCGGGGCGGUCUGCACCCCAGACAUCGAGUACACCAAGAAGACCAACUGCUUCAGGCUUCAGCUGCAGGAUGGCUCCGAGUACCUCCUGAGGGCCCCCUCCCAGCCCCUCAUGAACGAAUGGGUCUCCAAGCUGCAGCAAAACUCAGGUUUCCCCAAAGUUGAUUACUUCCAGGCGGCAGCACAGCAUGUCGAGGGCACCGGCAGUGCUGGGGGUUUCAGCAAGGUCCCCAGCCCUGGGAGCUCUCAUCUCUGGGGACAUCAUCAGGUCGCAACCAUCAAGAGCCAGGAGAUCGUGGUGCUACCCUGCUCAAACACCCGGCUGCAGCAGCCUCUGGGCAGUCGGGAUGGCCGAGCCGAUGGGGCUGUGGCCAUAGCAGAGGACACUCAUGAGGCCAGGCACAGGAAGCAGCAGUGGUCACCCAGGGGGUCCCCCGGGUUGUGGGACAACAGCUGUCAAGACGACGACUGCGGGCUGGUGGCCAACAAGAGGAGGUCCUACUCCUUCACCUCAGCCACCUACCAGAAGAUCACCCCAGUGGCUGUGCCCAAGGAGCCUGUGGAGGCCGGGAGCAGCUACUCGGUCACGCUGUACAUUGGGGAGCAAGCGGCGGCCUUGCCCCGGGCACGCUGCCACUCCUUUGUGGCCCAGCCGGUGAGCCCAAGGGACACGGUGGGGGAGAAGACCCCCACCCCGCCUCGCCCUAAGAACAAAUCCGUCUUCAAGAAGUUCUUUGGGAAGAAGGAGUGAGCCCCAGCCAAGGGGGAGAAAAGCCCUGUCCUGCCCUUUAUCCUCCUCCUGGGUGCCAUCCUGGCAUGGUCUCCACUCCCAGCACCAGCUCACCACCUGCUGCCUCCCUGGGGGAGAAAGGCUGCAGCAAGCAGCUCUGCUCCAGCCGGCCCCGGGGCUGCACUGUGCCCCAGCCACCGCAGCCCCCAGCCUCAGCCCGGCGCUGAGCACCCCUCCUGCCUGCCUGCUGGCUGCUCUCCCUGGGUGCUGCCGGCUCCCCAGGCAUCCUGCCCUGCCGACAUGCAGGGGUGGAGGUGGUUGUUUUUAUUAAAAAACAGACAGACACAGUC